CCCCGGAGAUGGAACUUUCUCGAUUUGCGGUCGUGUCUAUGGACCAAUUUUCUUUUCAGUUCAUAACUAGCUACCAUUGGCGUCUUAUGCCGACACAUUACUAAGACGUGGGGAUCAGCGAGAAUGCGACAACGCGUGCCAUGGCUUGGAGGGCCAUCGGUUGACUAAGGUAUCCGCUGGGAGUUUAUAUUUCGCAGCUGAGCAUCAUGUAUGCUAUAACUGAGUUCAGAGAUUCAAAUGACACCAAAGGCAAAGGAGUUAUGUGAAGCCGACUCGCCUAACCAUGGCCCAGAAUCAACAUCAAUUGGAACUUGAAGUGCCUCAUCACAUGUCCUUCUCAAGAGGCACUAUUUGUUGGUAUUUUUGAUUACCGAGCCAAGGUCCGAAGUCUUUCUCGAUUGUUUCAGCUUUUUCCACCAUAAUUAGAUAAGUGCACUGGCCGAUAAGUAUCUGUCACCGAGUUGUGCGGCUAAAGCCAUGUGUGCGAGGCUGAAGCCGAACUUGUCCGACCUUUUCCGCCAGGGGAUCCGCGGCUCUAAGAGCCUCCAACGGUGGCGAGUGUGUUAUUAUUACAAAAGGUGAUUUAAUAGCUUGCUUUACAAUGGAAUAUUAAUUUUAGCCGCUUAAUGCCUCAUCAAUUCAACAUUUGAGAUCGAUAUUUCUCGACUUGCCAUCUUCAACACCUUAACAUCUUCCAUCUGGUACCAAGAAUUCACAACAUAACUCUAGCAAAAUGCAUUCUGAAAUUGAGGAAUCACGAAUUGCUUAUUACGAGAAUGGUCUUUACACCAAGGCGGCUGCUGGUCAGCUUUGCAAGGGACUCGUUCUGCGACUCGUUACAAACCCGCUGGUAGUACAGAUUGCCAAGAAUGCCGGCUUUGAAGUCGUGUGGAUUGAGAUGGAGCAUUCGACAUAUUCCAUCACGGAAGCUAGCGUGCUAGCGACUGCCACCGCAUGUGCAGGCAUGACACCCAUUGUCCGAGUGCCCUACCAAUGCGGCAUGGGCUACGUCCAGCAGGUGCUGGAUUCAGGAGCUCUAGUUGUCGUCUUCCCCCAUGUCGACAACGCUAUGGAAGCCCGCGAGGCGGUGAAAAUGUGCAAGUUCCCGCCACUAGGCAAGCGUUCUGUUUGGCUGCAGCAGGCUGCUAUUGGGCUACAGCCCUUCCCAGUUGAACGUAUAGUGGAGGAGAUCAACGACAACGCCUCUGCUGUAGGUGUCAUGAUUGAGACCGCAGAGAGCAUCAAAAAUGUGGAUUCUAUUGCUGCGGUUGAAGGCGUUGAUAUGCUCAUGGUGGGAUGCAUCGAUUUGUCGGCAGACAUGGGCAUUCACGGCAAAAUCCACAACCCUGAGUUUCGCGAGGCUCUUGAGGCGGUCAGCCGAGCAUGCAAGAAGUACAACAAGGUCUUUGGCUUGGCUGGUAACUACAGCGAUCUUAAAUUCCAGGACUGGGUUAUUAACACACUUGGCGUGCGUGUCUUCCUCUGCCAAGUAGACUCAUACAUUUUAGUUGCCGGCGCUAGGCAGUCGAUAGCAGCCACGAUGAGCUUAGACAGAAGCAAGUUGCCCAACUAGAAACCAGAAUAGUUUUUUUUAUUUAUAGUUAGAGACGAGAGUUUCGAAGUAGAUACGUUUCAGUGGUAACGGCGAUUGUACACGUGCUUGAAUAGAAGAAAUUUAUGCUUUGUUUUGC